GCUCUUCAUAUGUCACCCAUUUGCAGCUUUUCUGAUGGACGUGCAGUUGUCAUCAUCUUCAAUGCAUAUUUUCUCCAAAAUCACGCCGAAACAGGACGCGAGGGAUUAUUACAGGAGAUGAUAGGAUAGCUGGAUAAUCAAGGACUUGGGAGAUGUCAGCCAACAGCAACGGAGUGGUCCGGUCGGGGUCGCUGGGCGGUGAUUUUUUCGACUUUGCUUGCAAGGUGAUGCUGAUUGGUGAUUCGGGUGUCGGCAAGACAUGUUUGCUGGUGCGCUUCAAAGACGGUGCCUUCCUCUCGGGAAGUUUCAUAUCCACAGUCGGCAUUGAUUUUAGGAACAAAGUUGUAGACAUAGAUGGGUCAAAGGUCAAAUUACAGAUCUGGGACACAGCUGGUCAGGAGAGAUUUCGCAGCGUCACGCAUGCAUACUACCGGGACGCCCAUGCACUCCUGCUGCUCUUUGAUGUGACUAACAGACAGUCAUUUGAGAAUAUCAGGGCGUGGGUGUCGGAGAUCCACGAGUAUGCCAACGACGAUGUGGUGGUGAUGUUGCUAGGCAACAAGUCAGACAUGACAUCAGAGAGACUGGUCAAGAGAGAGGAGGCGGAGAAAUUGGCCAAGGACAAUGGAAUUGCUUACAUGGAGACUAGUGCAAAGACAGGGCUCAACGUGGAUCUUUCCUUCAUGGCCGUCGCUAAGGAUUUGAAAAUGAAGAAGACAAGACGUCCCAACGAGCCGAGAUUCAAUGUGCGAGAUUUUGUGGACCAGCAGAAGCAAACGCCCUCUGGGUGCUGUUUCUAAAGGAGAGACCACAAGGCCACAGGGCCAGUGUCGGAUCCAACUCACUAUGAACUUCAAGAGAAACUGUGUACAGUAUUUGACGUGGGCAAAAACAUCCAACCAUCCAAGUCUGCUGGAAAGUGAUUGACUCAAAGACAAGUUUGAACUGAGGGAUCCAGAUUUGCAUCGUUACCAUUUUGGAUUUUGUGUCGAGGAAUUUCCAUGGCAUGAUGAGAAUUGGUAUAAAACUGACGUAUGAGGGACGUGAACUAAAACGCAUUUUUGUAGGAGACGGCCAAGUUGGGAUAAAUAGGUCCUGAUCUGGAUUCACUGUCAUGAACAAAGAGUUUGGCAUAAAGUACAAGUGAUAUCUCGCCAGUGUGGAACCAGUCUUGGAAAGGGGGAGUCAUAUUAGUCAGAUGCAUGCAUGUGAGGGUACUGCUGGUGUACUGAAGUUAACAGUAGAGGGCGCUGUUGAGAAGUUUGCCAGCCACUAUGAUUCUGUGAUUAUUCCAUGAUGAAGAAACUAAAACUUAGGAAUAGUAUAGUGGAUUAGAAAUUUGAUCAAGAGAGGAAAAAAAGAGAAAUUCAGGGCCAAGCCAAUUUUUAAGAAGACGAUGAAGACAAAGUUUAGAUUGACAUAAACAUAUAUGUAUAUAUAUCUUGAAACAAGAUGACAUUGUAUACACGUCAAGGGCGGAUGGUGGAAGGGUAUUAAGUCAAUGUAUUCAUAAACUAGUCUGAGAUAUUUUGUCACAUUUCCAGUUUUGUUUUAGAGUGGGUAUUCUCUAUGUACAUGUCAAAGCAAGGUUAAACAAAACUAAUGCCAGGCAAGCCAUCCACACUGAAAUUGUCCAAAUGUUUGUGGUUUAAUCUCCUUCGUUUUGCAGACACAUGUACAUCCAGAAUGUAUUGACUGGGUUGUUCCUUUGACUUAAGAAUUCCUUAACAACUUUUUUCCGUCUUUGCAAAAAGGAACAUUUGCUCACUAAUUAGAAGAAGUAUCACAUGAAUUUGAUAGGUGUCACCUCUUUCCUGAAUAUUAUUUUUGAUAAAUCAUAAGGGGAAAAGAAUCAUGUCAAACGCAUGCUUGGUGUUGAAAUCAUGUUCAGACAUUCAUACAUGUAGUACUCUGUUUGCUGCUGAUAAUCUGAGAUUUCUAUAAGGUACUUUAAGUACGUUCCUGGAGGAAACUUUUUUUUGGGGGGGGGGGGUUUAAAAGCUUUAUAAUCCUUGGACUCUUGUAUUUCACAUACCUUGGUUUGCAUUGUGAGCUUCUUGAGGAGGUACAGUAAUGCCUACUUACAUGUACAGGAUUCCUCUUUCUAAAUUGCAACAGCGUCAUCAGACCGUGAGUGACAAACCACUAGCGCGUCACGGCAUGACAUCUGGAGACAUGGAUAAGUCCAUUCCAACCAAACUGAAUAUUGUCUGGCCAAUAUUGGCCUUUGCCAAUAAAUUGAGAGGACGCACAAGAAAAUGCAUGGCUGCAACUUCCAUUGGCAUUGACACAUUAAUGUCACAUUUAUGAAAACACAUAUCUAUCGGAACCUUUCAAACUCAGAAGAUAUUCUAAACAAAACUGCCUGAUGGAUGUGUGGUGCAUGUAUUACGAUUCACAUGGGUGAUUUCAGUAGCAGAGCAUGACGUUAUGAUUAUAUAGUUUCCCUUGAAAGGCUAGGGACUCUCUUGAACACCCUCUGGCUUGAUUUUAAAAAGGAAUUCAAAUCCAAACGUCAGAAAUUCUGCUAUCACAAAAAAAAUUAUAUUAAAAUCUGAAAUUCUUACUGGUUGUAAUUCAAAUACCGGUACUUGUAAGUACUCCUUCCAAAUAUGAAUUUCCCAAUUUUAUACUUGCAUUAAAAAGCUCAAAAUUGUACUGAUAAAAAACAACCAAUGCAGAAAGUUAUAAUGGUAUUAAGUGUAUCUCUCUGUCUUGCAACCAUUUCAUAUCUCAAAACUAAAAAGCACAUACUUUUCAUUUUCUGGCAGCAUGCUUAUUUACGCUGUAUAAAAUUUUGGUGUCAAGUUAAACCCUGACGUCUUCAGUAAAGAAUAUUGACAUGUACAAUGUAUCACUUAAAACCACCUGAUUGGUCUGUCUGCUUGUAUCAUCUUUGAUAUUCAUCAAGCAGAGUAGGAAAAGCUUAUUGUAGAACGUUGCAAUAUUGAUCACAGCGUAAGAUAUUAUAAAGACUCCGUGUCAGUUAACAAGAAGAUCAAGCCGUAUUCAUCAGCAUCUCAAGCAGCCUUUGCAGAGCCUGCUUUUCCAUUUCUUGUCAUCAGAUUCCCUCCUAUGAUCAAACAUUUAUGUUCUCAGCAAAUAGGCGUACAUUUUGAAAGUUCUCCUUAACAUCUCUUGAAGAGUUCGGCUUGCAGGCAAUGAUUUUGUUUAGCUUAUAUAGCUUCACAUAUGUUUGUGAACAUAUUCAUGUUGGUUUUUUAAACCCUCCAAAAGUGAAUUUGAGAUUUUAAAAAAAAAAUCAGUACUGUAAUGAAAUAUCUAAAUCUAAUUAUAAGGAUAGUGUAUUUAAUUUUUAAAAUGUGGCAAAAUUCGGGGGGUUGUAUAAUUGAUUUGAUUUUAUGCCCAUGACCAUUAUAGUCCUGACGAUCAGUAAUUGGAUAAAACAGUAUAUACUCAAGACUUGCCAUUAGACAUUAAGUUGCCUUAUUGCAACAUCAGUUCAACUCAUAACAGGUUUAUGUUGUAGUACUCGUACUCAUAAAUGUUUUUCGUACUUGUUCUCAUGAGAAUGUACUCGUAUUCAUACUCGUUCUCACAUUCUUACUUGUACUCAC